AUGAAUUUACAUGAAAAUACACAACAACAUUCUACUUCAUUGUUAACACUUAGAAGGCAAUUAGAAGCAUUAAAAGAAUAUCAAUGUGGUGAACAUCCAAGUAGAAUUAUAUUUGUUUCAGGGAUUUGUAGAAAUGAAUAUGAAAACAUUAAAAACAAAAUCAAAGGAAGUGGAACAAUCAAAGCAGUUUAUGAUAAAUGUUUAAACUCAUAUCAUUUUAUUCUUAUUUCAUACUUUGAUCUAAGAGAUGCAAAGACAGUAUAUAGAUUACUACAAAAUAAAUAUUCAGUAUCAUAUGCAAUUGCAAAAGAUGUUUUAAAUGAUAAUGAACAAAAUCAAGGAACAAUUGUAGUAUUUAACAUUGAAUAUUCAAUCACAAAUACACAAUUAAAAGAUGUGUUUGGAAGAUAUGGAGAUAUCAAAGAAAUUCGUGAGACACCAAAUAAAAAACAUCACAAAUUUAUUGAAUAUUAUGACUUAAGAAAUGCACAGAAAGCAAUUGAAAAGUUAAACCAUUUUGAAAUGAAAGGAAGAAAAAUAAAAAUUGAACCAUCCAGACCUGGUGGAAUUAGACAACAACUCAUUUUACGUUGUGUUAAUGCAUUAAAAUUACCUAAUGAUCUUAUUGGAUUACCACCACCACAUGAAAUGAUUAAACUAAUUGAUGAAUCAAUUAAAACAAAAGAAAUAAUGAAUGAAAUAACAAAUGAAUCUUUUACUAUUUCAUUACCAAAACCAACUGUUGUUGGUGAAGAGUUAAGUAAAAGAUUUAUUGGAAAUGAAAGUGUUGGAACACCUCAUCUUAUUAAUUAUAGUGAAUCUAUUAAUCAAAUCAAAGGAAUUGGUUUAAAUGAAGGUGAAGAUGUAGAUGAAUAUAAAAGUGUUAUUGUUAUUAAUAAUAUUCCUAUGACAUUUUCUUCAAAUGAAUUAAUUAAUAGGAUAGAGAAGUGUGUUUCAUGUUUUUAUGACCAAUUUUUCUGUUUGAAACAAGAUAAUGAUUAUUACAAAGCUAUUGUGAGAGUUACUAACAAAAUGGUUAUCAAUUCAUUAUUUAAAUCUUUUGAUAAUAUAUUUCUUGAAGAUGACCAAGAUAAAUUAUGUUCUAUUCAUGAAUCACAUCUCCAAGGAAUUCAAUUUACACAUUCACUUCAUUCAUUAUUAUGUUAA